AUGCUUCUCCUUUCCUCCGCCCUCUUCACCACCGCACGCUUCCCACUCGCCGUCUCCGCCCGCCUCCCAAACCCUACCACCACCACCCGCCUCCUCCUCUUCGCCGGCCUCCCUUCCUCCUCCCCACUCCGCGCCUUCUGCCCCAGGGCGCGGCCCUCGCCCGCCACCUGCGCCGCCUUCUCCUCCACCAUGGCCGCCGCCGACAACCCCCUCCUCGUCGCCGACUUUGACUUCCCGCCCUUCGACCGCGUCGAGCCCAGCCACGUCCGCCCCGGCAUCCGCGAACUGCUCACGCGACUCGAGGGCGAGCUCGAGGAGCUCGAGAAGGGCGUCGAUCCCACGUGGGGGAAGCUUGUCGAGCCGCUCGAGCGCAUCACCGACAGGCUCGAGGUCAUCUGGGGCAUGGUCGAUCACCUCAAGGCUGUUAAGGACUCCGCCGAUCUCCGCGCCGCCGUAGAGGAAGUGCAGCCCGACAAAGUCAAGUUCCAACUAAGGCUGGGGCAGAGCAAGCCUAUCUAUGAAGCUUUCAAGGCCAUCAGGAACUCUUCCGAUUGGGACAGUCUCAGUGAUGCUCGCAAGCGUAUAGUUGAAGAACAGAGCGCCCGGAAGAAAGUUUAUCGUGCUUAUCUUACCCGCGCCUCUAGCGGUGAACUUGAUAACACCAAUAUCAUCUCCCAAAUUCUAAAGUUAAGGCUAGAGAAGGCUAAACUUCUUGGCUACAAGAACUAUGCUGAGGUAAGCAUGGCUCAGAAAAUGGCAACUGUUGAGCGAGUAGAAGAGCUUCUCGAGAAGCUGCGUGCUGCUUCCUGGGGUCAUGCUGUCAAAGAUAUGGAAGAUCUAAAAAUCUUUGCGAAAGAUUCUGGUUCUCCUGAAGCUAAUGAUUUGACUCACUGGGACCUUACCUUCUGGAGUGAACGACUGAGAGAGUCUAAAUAUGAUAUCAAUGAGGAAGAGCUGCGCCCUUAUUUUGCACUACCCAAGGUUAUGGAUGGCCUCUUCACUCUGGCACAUAAGCUUUUUGGAGUUACUGUUGAACCUGCAGAUGGGCUGGCUCCUGUCUGGCACAGUGAUGUCAAAUUUUAUUGUGUCAAAGACUCUUCCAAUAGCCCUGUUGCUUACUUUUACUUCGAUCCUUAUUCAAGACCAUCUGAAAAGCGCGGAGGGGCUUGGAUGAAUGUGGUCUUUUCUCGAAGUCGCGUGCUAGCUCGCAAUGGUUUGGCUGCUAGGCUUCCUGUUGCCCAUAUGGUGUGCAAUCAGACUCCACCAGUUGGUGAGAAGCCCAGUCUUAUGACCUUCCGCGAGGUUGAAACUGUGUUCCAUGAAUUUGGUCACGCCCUUCAGCAUAUGCUUACUAAACAAGAUGAAGGCUUUGUUGCUGGUAUUCGUGGAGUUGAAUGGGAUGCUGUAGAGUUACCCUCCCAAUUCAUGGAGAACUGGUGUUAUCACAAGAAUACUCUUUUGAGCAUUGCAAAGCAUUAUGAAACCGGUGAAACUCUUCCAGAGGAAAUUUAUGCGAAGCUUGUAGCUGCAAAGAAUUUCCGUGCUGGCACCUUCAGCCUGCGCCAGAUACGAUUUGCCAGUGUAGAUAUGGAACUUCAUACAACUUAUGAUCCCAAUGGUUCACUGUCCAUAUAUGAUGUUGACCGAAGAGUUGCAGAACGAACACAAGUUCUUGCUCCUCUGCCGGAGGACAGAUUCCUGUGCAGCUUUAGCCAUAUUUUUGCAGGUGGCUAUGCUGCUGGAUACUACAGUUACAAGUGGGCUGAAGUACUGUCAGCUGAUGCAUUCUCAGCUUUUGAAGACGCUGGUUUGGAUAAUGAGAAGGCAAUUGAGGAAACUGGCAGACGGUUCAGAGAUACUGUUCUUGCGCUUGGAGGUGGAAAGUCUCCGCUUGAGGUGUUUGUUUCAUUCCGAGGACGGGAGCCUUCACCUGAACCACUUCUUAGGCACAACGGCUUGCUUCCUGUUGCUGCGUAG